UACGUCAAACUCUCUCUGCACAGAGUUAAAUUGAGUUUGUGUCUCGUAAUUUGUCCUUUUGAGCGAAAAUGGUGAAAGCAACCAAGGCCGAGAAGAAGAUCGCGUACGACGCCAAGCUAUGUCAGCUUAUCGAUGAAUACACCCAGAUCUUGGUCGUUGCGGCCGAUAACGUCGGAUCAACUCAGCUCCAGAACAUCAGAAAGGGUCUUCGUGGAGACUCUGUGGUGCUUAUGGGAAAGAACACUAUGAUGAAGCGUUCCGUUAGGAUGCACUCUGAGAACACCGGAAACACUUCUAUCCUGAAUCUGCUUCCUCUCCUUCAGGGAAACGUUGGUUUAAUCUUUACCAAAGGUGACCUCAAGGAAGUGAGUGAGGAGGUUGCUAAGUACAAGGUUGGUGCUCCUGCUCGUGUGGGUUUGGUUGCCCCAAUUGAUGUCGUUGUCCAACCUGGCAACACUGGUCUCGACCCGUCCCAGACAUCUUUCUUCCAGGUGCUUAACAUCCCAACCAAGAUUAACAAGGGUACUGUUGAAAUUAUCACCCCUGUGGAGCUCAUCAAGCAAGGUGACAAGGUUGGGUCUUCUGAGGCUGCCCUUCUAGCCAAGCUUGGCAUCAGGCCGUUCUCAUAUGGUCUUGUUGUCCAAUCGGUUUAUGACAAUGGUUCAGUCUUCAGCCCAGAGGUUCUUGAUCUUACAGAAGAUCAGCUUGUGGAGAAGUUUGCUUCUGGUAUCUCUAUGGUCACUUCCUUGGCCUUAGCUGUAUCUUACCCUACCCUUGCUGCUGCACCGCAUAUGUUCAUCAAUGCCUACAAGAAUGCCUUGGCUAUUGCUGUUGCCACUGAGUACACCUUCCCUCAAGCAGAGAAGGUUAAGGAGUUCUUGAAGGAUCCUAGCAAGUUUGCUGUUGCUGUAGCAGCUGUGUCUGCGGAUGCAGGUGGUGGUGCUCAAGCUGCAGCUGCUCCUAAAGUAGAGGAGAAGAAAGAAGAAUCUGAUGAAGAAGACUACGACGGUGGUUUUGGUUUGUUCGAUGAAGAGUAGAUUUUGUCUAUCAAGGUUUUACCUUUUUGUCAUGACUGAUAAAUGUUACUUCGUUUUUAGAAUGUUUACCUCAAUUUUCUUGGUUUUGGCCAGUUCAGAUUUUUAUGGUACUGUCUUUUAUUAUGGAGUUUUCAAUAUUUUUUUUGGGUGUUAUGGCCAAUUAUGUUUUUUUA